AGUUGCUUCCUCUAUUGCAGCAACAGGGGCGAGAGGUUCGGCGAUCACUGUAGAAGAAGAUCGUAGCUCGACAUUCACACUGUGGAAGUGUCGAUCGAUCCCGAUCCCCACAAAAUCCCCAAAUCCCGCUCGAAGCAACCCUAAUGGCGACGAAACCCUAGCAUCACCGAUCGCGGAGGAGCAUAUCGUCCCUUCAUCCGAUCGUCUUCCUCUGCUGCGGCAAUGGCGAAGCCACCGUCGUCGUCGUCCUCGUUAUCGCCAUCUUCGUCGUCCUCGACUCUCCAGAGGAAGCGCUUCCUCCUCUUCGUGCUUCUAGUGGUCUUCUCCGCCUCCACCGUCGUCGGGUUCUUCCUCCGCGGCGCCCUCUCUGACCCCUGCGAUCUCCGGCGGGGCCUCGCCACCGACGAGGUGGAGCGCCGCCUUCGCCUCCCUCCGCCGUCGACGACGACGGCGGUCUCCGCCGCGCGCGAUAGCCCGCUAGGGUUCAUGAGGUCGAAGCUCGUCCUGCUCGUCUCGCACGAGCUCUCCCUAUCCGGUGGACCAUUGCUAUUGAUGGAACUUGCAUUUCUUCUAAGAGGAGUUGGUUGCCGAGUAGUAUGGAUUACAAACCAGAAAUCAGACGAAACGAAUGAAGUGAUGUAUAGCUUAGAACAUAAGAUGUUGAACCGUGGAGUUCAGGUUUUCUCUGCCAAAGGUCAUGAGGCGAUUGAUACUGCUCUAAAGGCUGAUUUGGUUGUUUUAAACACAGCUGUUUCUGGGAAGUGGCUCGAUGCUGUUCUGAAGGAACAUGUUCCGAAAGUUCUUCCGAAGAUUUUGUGGUGGAUUCAUGAAAUGCGAGGACACUAUUUUAGUCUCGAGUAUGUCAAACAUCUUCCUUUGGUUGCCGGUGCUAUGAUUGACUCUUAUACAACGGCCGAGUAUUGGAAGAAUAGGACUCAACACCGUCUAAACAUACAGAUGCCAAAAACCUAUGUUGUCCACCUUGGGAAUAGUAAAGAGCUGAUGGAAGUUGCAGAAGAUAGUGUAGCAAGAAGAGUUCUUCGGGAGCAUAUACGUGAGUCCCUUGGGGUCCGAAGUGAAGAUCUUCUCUUUGCCAUAAUAAAUAGUGUCUCACGUGGGAAAGGUCAGGAUUUGUUUCUUCAGGCAUUCCAUCAGAGCCUGCAGCUUAUCCGAGAACAGAAACUGCAAGUGCCAUCAAUGCAUGCAGUCGUAGUUGGUAGUGAUAUGACUGCUCAGACCAAAUUCGAGACAGAACUUCGUAACUUUGUAUUAAAGAAAGGAAUCGAGGAUUGCGUUCACUUUGUCAAUAAAACUUUGACAGUUGCUCCCUAUUUGGCUGCGAUAGACGUGCUUGUUCAAAACUCUCAGGCCCGUGGAGAAUGUUUCGGUAGGAUAACCAUAGAAGCAAUGGCAUUUCAGCUGCCAGUGUUGGGCACAGCUGCGGGUGGGACCACAGAAAUAGUUGUGCAUGGCUCAACGGGUCUGCUACACCCUGCGGGAAAGGACGGCAUAUUGCCUCUUGCACAGAACAUGGUGAAGCUCGCCACCCGCGUCGACCAAAGGCUGACUAUGGGAAAGAAAGGCUACGAGAGGGUAAAAGAGCGGUUCAUGGAGCAUCACAUGGCCGAGAGAAUCGCUUCUGUGUUAAAACAAGUUCUCCAGAAAUCAAAGGAUCACACUCUUUCUUGAUAGUUUUUCAUUUUCUUCUUUUUUCCUCCCCCUCUUUUUGCCUAUUUGAAUCUUGUUAAUUAGUUGGCAUCCCUCUAUCAUGGUAAACUGCUAUUAGUGCACUAACUUGUAGAUCAGUGAAGACCAAUGCAAGAUUUGGAGCUUGUGCUUGGCCACCAGCAA